ACGGGGCCUGCGCCUCAGCGGCGGCGGUUGUUGACAACAUGGCGGCUGCCGCCUCCUCCUUCUUCGUGUGGGGAGCGGGAGGCGGCGGGCCGAGCGGCACCAAGGCGCUGCUGCUGCUGCUGCCGCCUCAGCAGCCCUGAGGGACGGGGACGGGCCCGCCGCGGACCGGCCCGCCGCCCCAGGCCGCGCCGCCAUGUCCUUCUUCAGGCGGAAAGUGAAAGGCAAAGAGCAUGAGAAGGCAACGGAAGCCAAGACAAUUAAAGCUGCACUCCCAGUACAUUCCCCUCAGAGAAGCACCAGGAACCAAGCUGCACUGGAGGCCGCCGGACCAAGCCAUGUGGCCAUCAACACCAUCUCUGCCAACAUGGACUCCUCAAGCAGCCGCACCGCGGCGCUUAAGAAACAGCCCAGCCACAUGGAGGCUGCUCACUUCGGAGACCUGGGCCGAUCCUGCCUGGAUUAUCAGGCUCAAGAGACCAAAUCCAGCCUUUCCAAGACGCUUGAGCAAGUCCUCCGGGACGCCGUGGCCCUCCCGUAUUUCAUCCAGUUCAUGGAACUGCGCCGCAUGGAGCACCUGGUCCGGUUCUGGCUGGAGGCCGAGAGCUUCCACUCCACCACGUGGUCCCGCAUCAGAGCACACACCCUGAACACUGUCAAACACAGUGCCCUGGCCGAGCCGGUCUCCCCUUCCCUCCAACAGCACGGAAAUGCCACGCCCUCGCCUUCCUCGGAGUCGCUCGACAUGCGGCCGCAGGGCUCUGGCCCGCCCUGGCCCUUGCAGGCCACUGAACUGAACGGCCGGACACUGGGCCUCCAGGACCGUUUGCUGCUUUGCCAGGGCAGCGCCCAAGCCCGGUUCGGGCUCAGCACACCAGAAGCCGAGGGCUGCCCUCCUCCGGACGAACCUCACGAUUCUUCCAAAGGCUCUGUAUCCAAUAGAAACAGCCCCUCCUUUGCACUGAAGGACUUGUCAGGAAAACUCAUGAAAAGUAUAGAGCAGGACGCAGUUACGAUUUUUACCAAAUAUAUUUCUCCUGAUGCUGCUAAACCAAUUCCAGUUACAGAGUUCAUGAGGAACGACAUUGUUGCAAAGAUUUGCGGGGAAGAUGGACAAGUGGACCCCAACUGCUUCGUGACGGCACAGUCGAUAGUGUUUAAUGCCAUGGAACAAGAGCACUUUAGUGAAUUCCUGCGAAGUCACCACUUCUGUAAAUACCAGAUCGAGGUGCUGACCAGCGGGAUCGUUUACCUGGCUGAUAUUCUCUUCUGCGAAUCCGCCCUCUUCUAUUUCUCCGAGUUCAUGGAGAAGGAAGACGCCGUUAAUAUCCUGCAGUUUUGGCUGGCGGCGGACAACUUCCAGUCUCAGCUGGCGGCCAAAGAAGGCCAGUACGACGGGCAGGAGGCGCAGAACGACGCCAUGAUCUUAUACGAUAAGUACUUCUCCCUCCAAGCCACCCACCCGCUUGGUUUCGACGACCCCGUGCGUCUGGAAAUCGAAUCCAACAUCUGCAGGGAAGGUGGCCCGCUGCCCAACUGCUUCACCACUCCGCUGCGGCAAGCCUGGACCACCAUGGAGAAGGUUUUCCUUCCCGGCUUCCUGUCCAGCAACCUCUAUUACAAAUACUUGAACGACCUCAUCCACUCGGUCCGGGGCGACGAGUUUGCAAGCGGAAGCCUGGUGCUGGCGGCUCACAGCCCCGGAGGAGGCGGCACUCCCAACCAUGACUCCCACGCCGGCUCCAUGGACGGCGCCGCUCCUUCCCAGUCCAGCCUCAAAAAGGCUAAUGUAAAAAUCCUGAAAAACUUUGAUGAAGCAAUAAUCGUUGAUGCCGCAAGCCUGGAUCCGGAGUCUCUGUAUCAGCGGACGUACGCCGGCAAGAUGACGUUUGGCCGCGUGAGCGACCUGGGACAGUUCAUCCGAGAGUCUGAGCCGGAGCCCGACGUCAAGAAAUCCAAAGGGUCCAUGUUUUCACAAGCGAUGAAGAAAUGGGUGCAGGGGAGCACAGAUGAGGCCCAGGAAGAAAUGGCCUGGAGGAUCGCCAAAAUGAUCGUCAACGACGUCAUGCAGCAGGCCCAGCCUGACCCGGCCGUGGAAAAAGUUACAAAGCUAUGAUCUUCAAACAAGGGAGCAUUGAGUUUUCUGCCUCUGCAGAUAAGUGGACACGUUUCUCUCCUCCCCACCCUCACCCCAAACCCGUCCUGUUGGCGGACUGACUCCUCCUUUUGACAGAGCCGGCAGAAUCUCAAACACUGUAAACUUUUUUUUUAACUUAAAAAAAUCGUUUUAGAAAGAACGUUACGGGGAGCAAGAUAAAAAGCAUCUAGACUUUCCCGCACUGAGCACAGAUUAACUUGCUACCCUGCCAGCCUUCGCGACGAAGGAACGCGAAGCAUAGCCCUACUCCACCUGCGAAGGAUUAUUCACCUACAUAACUUGGAACUGGAAUACGGUCCUUGCUGGGGACUGGAGGUAGAUCCCCCCACCGGAGAAAGGUUCCUAGCUGUGAUAUUAUUAUUUUUUACGAAGGCGUUGGGCACUGUAACCUGUUGGAGAAGACCUGAGUUGUUGAUGGUAGUAGUCUUCUAAAACAAUAAUAAUAACAAUAAUAAAAUCCUGGCACCGUUUUGAGUUUCCCUUACUUGAAAUGUCCCGAACACAACAGGAUCUGGAACCUCCUUCUCUCGCAUGUGCGUCAGUCCUGGAAGGAAGCGGGUCUUAGUUUCAAAGGCCCUGAUUCAGUCUUGCCUGUGCUCUGCUUCUGAAAUGUUCAUUUCUGCUCCUGAUCUGCCCUACGGCGGAGACACACCGCUGGGGCAGGCGGCGAAAACACAGGCAGAAGGAAUUGAGCAUUUUGUGUCCUGUGUGACUCUCGGAGGGCAGGUGUUGUCCCAUUGAUCUGAAGCGACGUCUCUCCCCCCCAUUCAAUUUAUUUUAAUUGUUAGUUUUAAGCCGUUGGGCCCUUCCUCUUUAUAGUUCCCUGCAAGCUUUUGGGAUGGAUAACAUUUUUCAUACCAGUUGCGCUUCCUCUGUUUGGGCACCUGCAUUGGGCAGGUAAUUUUACUGGAGUGUCCAAAGCACUCGACGCAGGUUCCACUCCGUUGUGCGUGUGGUUUUCAGGGUCCCCCCCCCCCUGUUAUUUUUUUAACGCCUCCAUUUCUAUUGAAACACUUUCUGUUUGGAGAGGUUUAUUCCCACCCCCACCCAAAUGCCUGUUUGCUUUUGUUUUCUGAAGACUUGUGCAAAAACCGAAACGAAGAAGCGUACAAACACAACCCAAACCACCCUGUAGGCGAGCUUUUGAUUUGCCUCCAGCGUUUUGAAAGCCGAAAACGGGCAUUUUACCGUUGCAAUAUCUGCUCUCUAAGCGAAGGCACUGUGCGUCAGUCUGCCAGAAGCAAAAAACGAAAAGCUGUGUAUAGGUUUUUUGGUACUGUGUACCACCUUCUUAUUGUCUCAUGCCCGAGUAUUCAUGUACUUAAACCAUAUUUAAUUGUGUUUUGAUUGAAAAUAUAUAUAUAUAUAUAUAUAUAAUACAAAUUUGUGUCCAUA